AUGGCCGCCAUGAAUCUGGUGGAUAUCCAGUCUGCCUGCUCCACCAAAGGCAUUCUCAACGUUGUUGGUGUGGUGGUAGACACCCUGGAGGUCUAUCGGACUAAAGGGUCAUCGUCGUGUGUCACCUUCACCAUCAAAGACUCUGAAUUCGAUGCACCGAGCUGGCAUGGUGGUCUCAAGAUCAAGUACUUCAACGACAAUGAGAAUUUUCUCCCUACUGUGCAUGUCAAUGAUGUAGUUCUACUACGAAACAUCCGGGUUAGCAUCUACCAAGGUCGGCCAACAGGCGUGGCAUCUCAGUAUAGCAAAGUUCCCUGGGCGGUCUUUCGGCCAGAUCCAGAUCCAAGCUCCCUCCCGUCCAUUACCACGGGGCCCGAUCCUUUUCGGAUGACCCCAUUGGAGAAACAGGGGGCGAUGGCUCUGCUGGAUCGUGUGUCUACCAACGAGCAACUUGUGCAGCCACCCCCAACACGGCAUGCCUCUGCUCCCAGGCCUCGUGCCCAGGUUGUCCAAGCCUCGGCAGCACCCCCGAAAUCUGGGGGUCUGCCCUUGACCCUCAUUCGGGAUGUCAAGGAGUACCUUCUGUGCCAAUUACUCGGGCAGGUGGUCAAGAUAAACACCUUUGACAGUGAGAAGUGUGUAAUGUAUAUCACUGACUACACCAAGAAUACCUCACUUGUCGAUUACAAGAAACAAGGUGACGAGGGAGACACCGGGGGUUCCGUGGGUGACGAGUACAACUAUCUGUCCCGAACAAAAAAAGAUUGGCCGGGUCCUUGGGGCCAAUUCACGAUGCCAGUGACUCUUUGGGAGCCGCACGCUGGGUUUGCGCGAGAAAAGGUCAAGCCAAAUGACCUCGUCCUUUUUACCUUUGCCCGUAUCAAACCAGGCAACUCCGGCAGCCUAGAGGCAGGAGUUCACGAGGACCGGCGGUUUCCCGAGAAGAUUCAUGUCCGCAUUGUUGCGAGUGACUACGAUGAUCGUGCACGAGAGUUGUUCGAUCGUCGGAAAGAAUACUGGAGAAUCCAUGGCAAACCUAACGCCGACUCAAAAAAGGCCGAACGACGCAAAAAGAAGGGACAAGAAAAGCCAAAAGAAACCCGAACAGAAGAGGGCCAACCACCGCUGUCAGUGGCGCCGCGAACGAAAGCCAACCCCAACAUCCAAGCACGUAGUUACCUCGUGCCCGCCCGCUCGAUCGAGCGUAUCCUAUCGGGAGAAACCCAUGUCAAUACUCUCCCGGGGGGUGUCACCUACCAACUUCCAUUCCAAAAUGUCUGCUACCGACCCAUAGUCCGCGUGGUCGACUUCUUCCCCCCAGAUCUGAGGGAUUUCGCCGUUCAAGUCCCCAACGACUCCAUCCUUGUCAACGGAGACGAUGAGGAAUCAGGUUCUGACCAGCGCCACACCGUAUGGGAAUGGCGCUUCUGCCUUCUCGUAGAGGGAAUCGAGCCCAUGGCUUCCAAACAACAGCCCCGGGAACAAAUGAAGCUGUUUGUGUCGGGGGCUGAAGGCGAGCACCUCCUUCAACUGGAUCCCACCGACCUCCGCCGCUAUUCGAGCCGACUGGAAGAACUGCGGGAACGGCUAUUCCUGCUCUGGGGGAACCUAGAGGAACGCAAGAAAGCCAUUGGUUCUUCCAACGACCAAAGCAAGGCAUCGCCACUUUCCUCGCAGCCAUUCACCUGCUGCAUCAAGGAAUACGGGGUGCCAUGUACGCAUCCGCAGGACCCCGAUGUCAUGGACGUGGACGAGGAUCCCUGUAGUCAGCCCGACUGUUUGGGAUGGGAGAGGCGGUUUGCCAUGUUUGGGACGACGAUACACGCAUGA